AUGAUGACAACAGAUUGCUCAGUCGCUGAUUCUGAAAAUCGUUUACUUGAACCAGACAUUCUCGAAAAUGAAUUUACUAAGCCAAAGACGAUUCCAAUUUCAACGAAAUAUGGUUUUAUUAUUGUAACACAACAGGGUUCACCAAAUCGUCCAGCUAUUGUUACUUAUCAUGAUAUUGGAUAUAAUUCUUCAUCUCAAUUCCAUCAAUUUUUUGCUUUUCCAGAAAUGAUGCCGGUGACUGAAAAAUUUACCAUUUAUCAUAUUAAUGCACCCGGUCAAGACGAACAAGCUCAUGUAUUACCUACUUCAUUUGAGUAUCCCACUCUGGAUCAAUUAGCUGUAUCGGUCAAUGAUAUUUUUGUGCAAUUAGAUAUUAAAUCCGCUAUUGGAUUUGGUAUUGGACUUGGUGCUAAUAUUUUGGCUCGUUUUGCAUUACAGUAUCCAUCGAAAAUCAAUGGUCUUAUUAUGGUUAACUGUGUUUCACGUAGUAUGAAAUGGCUUGAAAAUUUUUCGAUUAAACGAGCAUUGAAAGAUGCAACUCAAGAUUAUUGGACGGAAUCAUUAUUAGACUACCUUAUUUGGUAUCAUUUGGGUGCUGACACACAGUCUUCAGAUCAAGAACUCGUGCAUAUGCUUCGACAUCAUCUAAAAGACAAUGUAAAAGCUAAAAAUGUUAUUAAACUUCUGAAUUCAUUCUUUCAACGUACAGCUAUUCAAAUUGAUCGACAAAACGAUGCAAGUAAAAAAGCUGAUCCGUCUAGAACUCUACAAUGUUUAGUUCUUAAUAUUACCGGUGCAACAUCACCACACAAAGACGAUGUUAUGGAAACUAAUGAUCGAUGUGAUUCAGCGACAGCUUCAUAUGCUGAAUUUGCUGAUUGUGGUGGCGCUGUUUUAAUUGAACAGCCAUCAAAAUUAGCUGAAGCUAUUCGACUUUUUCUUCAAGGUCUAGGCUAUAUGUCUCAUUUAAGUAUUCCGCGUUAUUCUACUGCUAAUCGUUUAGCUGAACAAACAGCGGAAUAUAAACGUCAAUAUGGUUUGUUAACAAAAGUUCCUCGUCGAUAUAGUUCUCAAGUUCAACAAGGAGAUUAUGCCACAAGUUAUAAAAAUGAUUUCGAUGACGAACCUCGAAAUCGUGCCGACUCAUUUACUAAUCGCAAUACAAAAUUUUAA